CCGCCGCGCCCGAAUCCAAACCCAACGCUCGCCCCCACAACGCAGAUCGCACCGCAGCCAGCCGAGCCAACACGAUCAUCGAUCGCCUGAUCCACAUAGGGAUACAUCACCAGGAGCCAGCACCCGACCAAGCCAAGUACGCGCUACCACCGCUGCUGGCACCGCUCCGACCGAGGGUACGGUGCAACGCGGCACCAGCAGCCGAAGCCGAGCGUGUAGCUAGCCGCACAUGGUGUCCCUGCAGUCGGCGCUCCUGCCGGAGGCCAGCAAGCGGCCGCCGUGCCUCUCCCUCGUGGGCGGCGGCGGCGCCGCCUCCACCGCCACCAGCAAGAAGCGGAAGCGGGACGGCGGCGGCGACGACCGCGGCGAGGUCGUGGACGGGAUCGAGCUCAAUUUCGACGCCGCGCCGCUGCCCCCCGGGUGGCAACGCUGCCUCGACAUCAAGUCGGGGCGGAUCCACUACUACAACACGAGGACGCAGAAGCGGACGUGGAAGGACCCCAGAGGCGAGCCGGACUACCGCGCCGCCGCCGACGAGGAGGAAGAGUCCACGAAUUGCCCGCCGCCGGGGCUGGACCUGGAGCUGAACCUCACGUUCUCGCCGCGCCCGGCGCUCGCCCACCAGGAGAAGAAGAAGCCCAAGCCUGCCGCGCGGCCGCCACCACCAGCAGCAGCAGCAGCAGUAGAGAGCCGUCCUCAGCCAGCGGAGGCCGCCGCCGAGGACAGCCGGGAGAUGGUGGCGGCGGUGUGCGUGCGGUGCCACAUGCUGGUGAUGAUGUGCCGCGCCAGCCCCGCGUGCCCCAACUGCAAGUUCCUGCACACGCCGAGCCGCGCCGCGCCGCCGCCCGAGCCGGCGGCGCCCCUCAAGCUCGGCCUCCAGCUGCUCUGCUGCAGGGACUGAGGGUGGAACCCCACCGACCGAGAGAUGGUUCCAUUCCAUCCCGUGCGCCUCGGCGCGCGUGCACGAUCUACUAGUAUGCCGCGCCGCACGUGUACAUGUGGCCACCUGAAUGUGCUAGUGCCAGGAUGCAAGGAUGGAGCAGUAGUAAAACUAGGGCCACGGUGAUGCGCGUACACUAUUAGGAUGGGUAAUCAAACAGGGUGGAGUUGAUCGAUCUCGUCGGGCGGGUAGCACGUACGGUCAGCUCGUCAGGCGGGGGUACUCCUUGGCGACGAGAUGAAUGGUGUUGUAGAUAUAACAUAUAAGUGCAUAUAAAUGUAGCUCGGUACUUUCAGUACCUGUCGCUGUCAAUAGCCCCUGCAUGUAAUCCGAGCUCGCCAUCGGCCUGGCUGCUCGUUGCGGAAAGUUUGUUGGCUGUUGGCGCGCGGGAAUUUAUUAUUGGCCCCCCUGCCAUGUACUAGUGCAUUGCUCCUACAACACCAAUUCGAGAGCGAUUAGCAUUUA